UCGAAAGAUGAGGAAACCGAGCGUCCAAUCAGAGCUCGAGUUCACCAGCUCGUGUGGUUACGUCGACCAAUGGGGGGCGUGUGCGGUUAGAAAACAGGAAGUGAUUCACUCAUUCUGUGCGUUCCAGGAACACGCUUCUACACGCCACACAGAAAUGUCUCCGGAAGAGCUGGUGUACCUGGGGAUCCUGGCGGCGUCCGUCCCCGUCGGGGUCCUGUUCCGCUACCUCAGUCCUCCAGUUAAGCAGGGGGCAGCACUGAGCUUGGGGCUCCUUAUUGUUAUCGCUACUUGCGGAAUACACACUUUACACUCGCUGUGCACCGUCCUGGGGACGUGGCUGAUUAUCCGAAUCAACUGGAGGAAAGCUCCGCCCCUUUCUCUAGCAUGGACGUUCCUGUACCUGUUAUUCUUUCGUAUGGUCACAUGGUUCGGACUUCCCUCUCCGACACCGUUCGCCAACGCCAUCCAGCUCCUUCUCACGCUGAAGAUGGUCAGUCUGGCGUAUGAGGUCCAGAGCUAUCACUCUGAGAAGAAAAAGGACGUGAGCUCCUUCUCCAAGUCGUCCGUGAACAGCUGUCUGUCUCACGAGCCUUCCCUGUAUGACGUCGUCUCGUACAGCUACUGCUACGUUGGGGUCAUGACAGGGCCGUUCUUCCGCUACCAGACGUACGUGGACUGGCUGGAGCAGACCGAUCCUGUCUCGCUGCCGUGUAAAGCGCCGUGCCUGAGCAGGUUAAAGAUGGUCCCCGUCUACGGCGUGCUCUUCCUGAGUGUUAACUUCCUGUUCCCGUUGUCCUACGUUCGCACCGACGACUUCCUGGAGCACAACUUUUUCUUCAGGUUCUUCUACAUGGUGGCGGUGUUCUUCGUGUUCCGCAUGAGGUUCUACUCGGCGUGGUGCGGAGCCGAGGCCGGAUGCAUCACAGCGGGGCUCGGGUGUUACCCAAAGGGGGCGGAGUCUAAACCAGGAGGCGGGCCUACAAUACAAUACAGCCCCGAGCCCGGCGCUCCCGUCGAGUAUGACUUCCGAACCAUCCAGAACAUCGACUGCUACAACACAGACUUCUGUGUGAAAGUCCGACAUGGCAUGCGCUACUGGAACAUGACCGUGCAGUGGUGGCUUCAUCAGUACGUCUACAGCAGUGCACCGUUCAGAGCCUACGCGCUGAGAGCGGGAUGGACGAUGUUGGUGAGUGCGUACUGGCACGGUCUACAUGUGGGGUAUUACCUGUCCUUCCUGACCAUCCCGGUGUGUAUCGCUGCAGAGUUAGCCAUGGAGUCGAGCGUGCGAUCGCGUCUGGGCGCUGUGGGACAGAAGGUGUUCGACUGGGUGCACUGGUUCCUGAAGAUGCGAGCGUACGACUACAUGUGCAUGGGCUUCGUCCUGCUGAAGGCCGGAGACACGCUGCACUACUGGAGCUCCAUUUACUUCAUCAUCCACGUGGUGGCGCUGGUCUGCAUCGCCGCCGGACGCCUGAUGGGCGGCGGGACGAAGGAGAAGUCGAGGGUCAAGGCGGAGAACUGACUCUCGUCUCGGGACUGCCUCACGCUUGCUACAGUGCAUUAUGGGAUUUGAGGUUCUAAACGAUGCGCUCGACGUGUUCCUGAUGUGUGACAGCUGCAAAAUCCCAGCAUGCACUGCUUCAGCACCCACUCCGUUUCAGCACUGUUUUUACCUCCACGCCUCCUCAUUCAUCUAAUAGAAAGAAGGGGACCAAGGAAGGGGGGAAGAAAAGAAAGAAAGAAGGAAGAGGCAGGAAGGAAGAAAAGAAAUAAAAUGCCGGAAGGAAGAAAGAAAAGAAGAAAAAAAGCAGGAAGGGGAAAAAAGAGAGAAAAUGCAGGAAGGAAAAAGAGAGAGAGAGAGAGAGAGAGAGGGAGAGAGCUAGAUGAAGAAAAAGAAAGAAGGCAAAAAUGGUGAGCAAAAAAAAAAAAAAAAUGAACACCAGCGUGUUAAAAACAGAACUGAAACGGAGUAUUGACUUUUUUUUUUUUAUGUUUCGGUCGGAUGGACGGAUGGAUGAUGGACAGAUUUAGAGGACUGAAUGAAAAUGGAUAGAAAAGUCUCAUGUGCCAGUAUUGGUUGAGUGUAACCAGUGUAUUAUUACAUCAUAUCCCAGCAUGCACUGCACAAAAAUCUCAUCUGGGGGACUAAACAGCAUUCCAUAUCCCAGAAUGCACUUGUGCCAACUGUAUAAAAGCAGAAAAAAAAAAACGGAGAAGAAAACUGUCCCUAGUGUUGAGAGACACUAGUGUAGAGUGUGCCAAAAAUGGACUACAUUUCCCAGCAUGCACUGCUUCAAUACUGUCUAUUGUUUUCAACGUUAUAAAGGUAAUCAAAUUCUAUGUUACCCAUCAUGCACUGCGUCCGCACCAACAACCAGCCAACCCUCCACUGCCAUUCGAACGUUUGAGGUCAAGAACGCGAACGUAAGCGUGAGACGGCGUACGUGUUACGGGAAUUCGCAAAGGAUCAUGGGAGUUGAAGUCCAUUCAAUUUUGUGGGGGUUUUUUUCGUUUUUGGGUACCAAAUCUUUGAAACAUUCUCCUGACGUGAGUAAUGCUACGUGAAAUAUUUUUUUUUCAAGCAUCUUUUAUCGUUGCGAAAAUUAUGCUAGCUAAAUACUACCUUACAGAUUCGUGGACGUGCAUCUUUUUUUCCUUUUCUUUUUUACAAACGUCACCCUAUUUUACUCGCCUGUGCCGUCACGUGACUGUAAACGUGUACAUUUUGAAAACUAUUUUACUUGGUGGGGUUAAAAAGUGUUUCUCAUCUUCACGUGUUAAUAUUAAACAUUUUAAAAUGUAA